AUGAGCGAUUCAGAUCCAGAAGGCAAGAAGCCAGGAGUGCCAUUGUGGCAACUCAAGUCGCAAGAAAAAAAAGAGUCGAUGGAGGAAUCUACAGAGCCGGCUCCCACUCCGGAAUCAACAAGUCGGGACGAGGUCCUGGAGCAGGCAAAGAAGUUCCUGGAAGAGGACGAAGCGAAGGAUGCCUCGACAGAUAAAAAGAUUGCAUUCCUAGAGAGUAAAGGUGUGCGAAGUGAAGAGAUAACGGAGCUGUUGGGCGUCACUCGGAACACCGAAGCCAGCAAUCCCGCACCCUCCCAAGCUCCCCAAACACAAUCGCCUGCUUCCGUCAAGCCCCCAACUCCCCAAGUUUCCUCUCCAAUACAAGCCAGACAGCCAUAUACGCAGGCGCCUUCAGCGCCCCAAGGCCCUCCCAUAAUAACCUACCCCGAAUUCCUCGUCACCCCUCAAGAACGCAAGCCCUUAGUCACAAAACCGCGCCUUUUAGCAACCCUCUACGCCUUUGGCGCACUUUCUACGAUCCUCUACGGCACUAAUACCUACCUCGUAACUCCUAUGAUCGAGUCCCUAACUAAAUCCCGACUCUCCCUAAACUCGACGGCAACCUCCAACCUCGAAAAGCUAAUCGCCAAACUCGAGAGCCUGGUCUCCACAAUUCCCAUCUACACGCCGAAACAGCAAAGUAUUCAGGUGGGAGAUGAUAUUAUAGGAGGCGACGAGAGCGAGGACGAGGACCCCACGGAGCUUUUCCACCGCGAUAUAGGCGUUCAGACGUCACCUUCACACUCCCAGAAUCCGUCUCGGCCAGGAUCGCCAGUUCCCGAUUCGGUGACAGAGAUUAACAAGCACGUCUCCCGACUUUCCACACUCUCGACGCAUAUCAACGGGCUGGUGUCAGACAGCACGAGCGAAGGGCAGGAUACUAGCGAGCUAGAAACUACGAUUGGUGUUCUGAGAGAAUACUUGGAUGGUAUUGCGUACACACCCCCUAGUUAUGGCUAUGGCUUGAGUGGUUCGUUUGGCGGAUAUAAUGGAUCCGGGGAUGGGAAGGACAAGGAAAAUGAUGAGAUUGCUAAGGUUAAGGCUGGGAUUAGGGGGGUGAAAGGGGUGUUGCUCAGCGCAAGGAGUUUUCCUCGAGGUGUAGCAGUUGGUGGUGGUGGGGUGCGGUGA